GAGAGAGGUGGAGAGAGAGAGAGAGGUGGAGAGAGAGAGAGAGAGAGAGGAGGGGGGAGAAGGAGAGAGAGGUGGAGAGAGAAAGACACCAGUAAAGGAAUGAUUUUGUCAUUUUGUUUGCAAGAGAAGAGAGAGGAGAGAAGAGAGGAGAGAAGAGAGGAGAGAAGGUGGCACAGAACAGAGAGAAGGGAGAUACUAGAGAACAUGCACACCGCCCGCUGACAUACAUUCAGGAAGCAUGUUGACUCUACCGUAUGAAGAACCAGAUAUGACGUAUGAGCCCCGGUUUGGAGCCAACUUCCCCCGUGGGAGCUUACCGGAUCUGGAGCCAAACCCGAUACACAGCCUGGACAUCACGUCGGACCCAGAGAGAGAGGGCGAGGAAGAGCCAGACCCGAUACACAGCCUGAACGUCACGUCGGACCCGGAGAGAGAGGGCGAGGAAGAGCCAGACCCGAUACACAGCCUGAACGUCACGUCGGACCCGGAGAGAGAGGGCGAGGAAGAGCCAGACCCGAUACACAGCCUGGACAUCACGUCGGACCCAGAGGAGGGUGACAUCUCAGAAAGAGAGGACGAGGAAGAAGAGAGAGAGGACGACAUCCAGCAGGAUGAAAACGGCCACCCCAGAAAGAGAGGACCACGGAGAAAGAAGUUGACUAAAGGUAGACAGGAGAGGGUCACGGUGCGCCGUCAUGAGGCAAACGCCCGUGAGCGCAGCAGGAUGCACGGUCUGAAUGACGCGUUAGAGAGCCUCCGAAAGGUGGUGCCCUGCUACUCCAAGACCCAGAAGCUCUCCAAGAUAGAGACUCUGCGCCUGGCUAAGAAUUACAUCUGGGCCCUGUCAGAGACGCUGUCUGCGGGCAAGAAGCCAGACCUGCUGGGGUUCGUUCAAACUCUGUGUAAGGGCCUGUCCCAGCCCACGACCAACCUGGUGGCUGGCUGUCUGCAGCUGAAAGCCAGGUCCUUCCUCACGGACCACAACGGUGAGGUGACGUACCCCGGUAGUUCGGCCCACUACGACAACAUGUACCCCUACCCCGGGGCAGAUCUGGGCACGGCCCCUGGACAAGCCUGCAGCACCCUGGGCAGCGCCAAGCCGUCCUACCACAGCCGGCAUUACAGCUACGGUGGCCAGUACGAGCCGUACUACGACCACACACCUCCUGAGGGAGGAAGGGAGGGACACCUAGGAGGACAGAUCAGCCCUCCUCUGAACUUUAACGGCAUAUUCUCUCUGAAACACGACGAACCGGAGGAGUACGGGAAGAGCGGCCACUAUGGGAUGAGAUACAGUUCUGUGCCCGGUCACAGCUCCCUCAGCUCGGCAUCCAUGUACCGGGUCUCGCCAGAGGGCCGGUUACACUAUGAAUUACACCUUCGGUCCGCAGGGCAGACCCACAAAGCUGAGACUCAGAGCCAGCAGGCAGAGAUGCCAAGCUGGGACUCAGAGCCAGUAGGCAGAGAUACCAGGCUGGGACUCAGAGCCAAUAGGCAGAGCUACCAGGCUAGGACUCAGAGCCAGUAGGCAGAGCUACCAGGCUGGGACUCAGAGCCAGCAGGCAAAGCUACCAGGCUGGGACUCAGAGCCAGUAGGCAGAGCUACCAGGCUGGGACUCAGAGCCAGCAGGCAGAGCUACCAGGCUGGGACUCAGAGCCAGCAGGCAGAGCUACCAGGCUGGGACUCAGAGCCAGCAGGCAGAGCUACCAGGCUGGGACUCAGAGCCAGCAGGCAGAGCUACCAGGCAGGAACUCAGAGCUAGUAGGCAGCUCUACCAGGCUGGGACUCAGAGCCAGCAGGCAGAGCUACCAGGCUGGGACUCAGAGCCAGUAGGCAGAGCCACCAGGCUGAGACUCAGAGCUAGUAGGCAGCUCUACCAGGCUGGGACUCAGAGCUAGUAGGCAGAGCUACCAGGCUGGGACUCAGAGCCAGCAAGCAGAGCUACCAGGCUGGGACUCAGAGCCAGUAGGCAGAGCUACCAGGCUGGGACUCAGAGCCAGCAGGCAGAGCUACCAGGCUGGGACUCAGAGCCAGCAGGCAGAGC